AGUCAACCGGUUUUGGACACGAUAUACCAACGAGACACGAUCGAUUAACGAAGCAAAACGAGCUACACUUAGACCCUUACCAAUACCGUCGCAAUGGAGACCGCGGAGGAGCCGAUGACGCCUUUUGGCACCUUCACUGCACAAAGCAACAAACUCCAGAGACAAUACCAAGCACUCCUCGAUCAGUCGACGCCCUAUGUUACGUACCGAUGGGUUGGCACCGGCGUCGCCCUGCUCCUCUUCUUCCUCCGGGUGUUCGUGGCGCAAGGCUGGUACAUUGUCGCCUAUGCCCUCGGCAUCUACCUUCUCAACCUCUUCCUCGCCUUCCUCACGCCCAAGUUCGACCCUUCAAGUGACGCUCUCGACACCGAAAUGGAAGACGGCUCUGUCGGCACUCUCCCCACCAAGCAGGACGAGGAGUUCAGGCCCUUCAUCCGCCGCCUUCCCGAGUUCAAGUUCUGGCACUCGGCCACCCGCGCCGUCGCCAUUUCCUUCCUCUGCAGCUGGUUCGAGAUCUUCAACAUUCCCGUGUUCUGGCCCGUGCUGGUUAUGUACUGGCUCAUGCUCUUCAUCCUCACCAUGCGCAAGCAAAUCCAGCACAUGAUCAAGUACCGUUACGUCCCCUUUACCAUCGGCAAGGCGCGGUACAACAAGAACAGCAACUAAGCAGUUGUGCUGUUGCGGAAGUCGAGCGAUGUUUGCUAGGUGUCAGAUAGGCAACUAGUUUGUCUCUCGCACCUUGGCGUUGUCCGGGAAGAAGAGAAGGAAGUGUUUCGCGGGCCAAGCUUAGGUCAAACGCGUCAGAAAGAAAGACACACACUUCUCUAUGUACUAAUGACGGGGGAACGCGCCAUGUUGGUGGGGCAUUUAUGA